UCAUUGUUGUCAGUUGACUGACAGUUGAAAGCAUGAGAGCGUUGUGUUUGUUGGGUUGUAAUUUACUGAUGUUGUGAUUAAACUGUGCGCAUUUCAAGAAAAGUCUUAGUUUAUGUUAUAUUAAGUGCAGCCUAGUAUUACCAUUCUGUAAAUAUGGCUGCUAGUGAGGAAAAACCUGAAGCAAUGGAGGAAGACUCUAGGAAACCAAUAUGUUUGAUUAUUUUAGGAAUGGCGGGCGCCGGUAAGACUUCAUUCACACGUCGUUUGUCAGGAAAGGUUAUUGACGGAUCAAGACCUUACCUGAUCAACUUAGAUCCAGCUUGUAGGGAAGUUCCUUAUCCUGCUAAUAUAGAUAUUCGGGAUACUGUAAACUACAAAGAGGUUAUGAAACAAUAUGGGCUGGGACCCAAUGGAGGCAUAGUAACAGCUCUUAACCUAUUCUCCACAAAGUUUGGUCAAGUUGUGGAUCUCAUUGAGAAGUCAGGCAAGAAACACAAAUACUGUAUCAUAGACACACCAGGUCAAAUAGAAGUGUUUACAUGGUCAGCAUCAGGCACAAUAGUAACAGAAGCAUUAGCAUCAUCAUGUCCUACAGUAGUUGUGUAUGUAAUGGACACCGUCCGCAGUGUCUCACCUGUCACAUUUAUGUCCAACAUGCUGUACGCCUGCUCAAUAUUGUACAAGACAAGGCUGCCGUUCAUUGUUGUUAUGAAUAAGACAGACGUCGUAGACAAUGCUUACGCAGUUGAAUGGAUGCGAGACUUCGAGGCGUUCCAAGAGGCGUUGGACGCGGAGGGUGACGGCGAGACUGAAGGUGGGAACACCUACAUCGGGAACCUGACGCGCUCUAUGGCGCUAGCUCUUGAUACAUUCUACACAGAUCUGAGGUGCUGUGGAGUCAGUGCACACACUGGUGCUGGUCUGGAUGAAUUCUUCAAACUAGUAGAUGAGGCUGCAGAAGAAUAUGAAAAAGAAUAUAAAACAGACUGGCUGAAAAUGCGUGCAGAAAAGUUAGAAGAAGAAAAACGGAAAGAAGAGGAAUUAAAAAAUAAAGGUCCAGAUGACACUGUGAUAGAUAAGACGAACUUAAUUGAAGAAGUAUCAGCAGGCCGUGAGAUUAGCGACAUGUACCUAAAGCACCCGGCUAAUGAAAGUUCUAGUGACGAGGAAGGCACGGAGAACGAACCUGAAAUAGAUGACAAACCAGAGGACGUGGCGAUGUUCCAAGAGUUUAUAAGGAAACAUGUGAAACCAAACGACAGCGGAAACAAAACGUAAUUAUAAGGUCGUUAAAAGACUGUUAAUAUAAAUAAAGGUAAGAAUAUGUUAGAAACCAAUGUUACAGCAUAAAAACUGCUUGUUAAGAAUUAAACAACUGAAAUUGUCGUAACUUGUAUUUAUUUUAAAUUUGUCAACACAACCAUUUGUAAUUCGCAAACGAUAGAUGUAUUUACGAAUGCAAUUUAAUAAAUAUUAAAUGUGAUAAAGA